AUGUGGCGGCUUCCUUUAGGGCUGCUCUUCCUGCUGUUGCUGACUGGCCAGGUCACUCUGGGCACCCGGCGGAGUCGUUGGCGCCGGGAACUAGCGCCAGGGCUGCACCUGCGAGGGAUCCGGGACGCGGGUGGCAGGUACUGCCAGAAGCAGGACCUGUGCUGCCGCGGCCGCUCCGAUGACUGUGCCCUGCCCUACCUGGGCGCCACCUGCUACUGCGACCUCUUCUGCAACCGCACGGUCUCCGACUGCUGCCCUGACUUCUGGGACUUCUGCCUGGGCGUGCCGCCUCCGUUCCCUCCCAUCCAAGGAUGCGUGCAUGGGGGCCGUGUCUAUCCUGUCUUGGGAACGUUCUGGGAAAACUGUAACCGCUGCACCUGCCAGGAAAAAGGGCAGUGGGAGUGUGACCAGGAGCCAUGCUUGGUGGACCCAGACAUGAUCAAUGCCAUCAACCAGGGCAACUACGGGUGGCAGGCUGGGAACCACAGUGCCUUCUGGGGCAUGACUCUGGAUGAAGGCAUUCGCUACCGCCUGGGCACCCACCGCCCGUCUUCAUCCGUCAUGAACAUGAAUGAGAUUUACACCGGACUGGGUCCUGGAGAGGUGCUGCCUGCGGCCUUUGAGGCCUCCGAGAAGUGGCCCAACAUGAUCCACGAGCCUCUGGACCAGGGCAACUGUGCGGGGUCCUGGGCUUUCUCCACAGCAGCCGUGGCAUCUGACCGUGUCUCCAUCCAUUCUCUGGGACACAUGACACCUGUCCUAUCGCCCCAGAACCUGCUGUCCUGUGACAGGCACCAUCAGCAGGGCUGUCGCGGCGGGCGUCUCGAUGGUGCCUGGUGGUUCCUGCGACGCCGAGGGGUUGUGUCGGACCACUGCUACCCAUUCUCGGGCCGUGAGCAGGAUGAGGCUGGCCCCGCCCCUCCCUGCAUGAUGCACAGCCGAGCCAUGGGUCGGGGCAAGCGGCAGGCUACUGCCCGCUGCCCCAACAGCCACGUCCACGCCAACGACAUCUACCAGGUCACUCCAGCCUACCGCCUUGGCUCCAAUGAGAAAGAGAUCAUGAAGGAGCUACUGGAGAACGGCCCCGUGCAAGCUCUCAUGGAAGUGCACGAGGACUUCUUCCUGUACCAGGGCGGUAUCUACAGCCACACGCCCGUGAGCCUCGGGAGGCCUGAGCGCUAUCGCCGGCACGGUACCCACUCGGUCAAGAUCACAGGGUGGGGAGAGGAGACGCUACCUGAUGGAAGGACCCUCAAAUAUUGGACUGCAGCCAACUCCUGGGGACCUGCCUGGGGCGAGAGGGGCCACUUCCGCAUCCUAAGAGGCACCAACGAGUGUGACAUUGAGAGCUUUGUACUGGGCGUUUGGGGCCGCGUGGGCAUGGAAGAUAUGGGGCAUCACUGAGGUUCUGGGCACGAGGCCAGGCCUGGAUUGG